AUGGGUACAAGUGAAGCGUUAUGGGGAGCGCUUGUCUGUUGCCUUUUUGUCAGCACUAUUGGACAGGCACCAACCUUCAAGCGAUUUGAAUACAAACACUCAUUCCGAGCGCCGAAUCUCGCUCAACGCGAUGGAAGCAUUCCAUUUUGGACGGUAGCCGGUGAUGCGAUUGCUUCUCAAGAACAACUCCGAUUAGCCCCAUCGAUGCGAUCAAGGAAAGGAAUUGCUUGGAAUAAACGAUCGUUUGUAGAAAGCGAAAACUUUCAGGUCGACGUAGCACUAAAAGUCUCAGGCCAAGGUCGGAUUGGAGCUGAUGGAAUGGGCCUUUGGUACACGGCAACUCCAGGCACACUUGGACCGGUUUUUGGUGCAAACGACUUUUGGACUGGAAUGGGUCUAUUCUUUGAUUCAUUUGACAACGAUGGUCAGAAGAAUAAUCCAAUGAUCUCCUUGAUGAUCAACGAUGGAACACGCAGCUAUGAUCAUCAUACAGAUGGAAGUCAACAAAUACUUUCAAGUUGCCAACGCGAUUUCCGGAAUAAACCUUUCCCGAUUCGGGUACGCAUCGAAUACUUCAAGAAUGUGCUUACUGUUCAUGUCGAUGAUGGAAUGAGUCAAGUGCCCAGAUAUGAGCUUUGCAUUCGAGCCGAGAAUAUCUUCCUUCCACGAAAUGGUUAUUUCGGAGCUUCGGCUGCAACUGGUGGACUUGCCGACGACCACGAUGUCACCGAUUUCUCCGUAUAUUCUCUCUUCCAAGAAACUCAGAAACCGGCCGCUGAACAACAGCUUCCUCAAGCAGAAAAAGCCAAGUACGACGAGGAAUUCCAAAAACAGAUGGAAGAAUACGAAAAGGAAAGACAACGAUACAAGGAAGAACACCCGGACAAGGCGAAAGAUGAUGAGGAGGAUGAGUACGGGAAAUAUUUUGAGGAUGCCACCGCCAGGGAACUGCGCUUGAUUUACGAGUCACAAACGGCCAUUCACAAGGUAAUGCAACAAAUGGAGCAGAAGUUGAUCGAGAUUCGACAAGGACAAGUGAGUGGCGGAGUGGCUGUACCACAACAACAACAACAACAUACAGGCUCACAACACGUCGCAGCCGGCCAGCCAUCAUUCGCUGUUCACGAGAAAAAUGAAGUCAUUCAAACGUUGCGCGAUUUGACGGCAUCUCUUCGAGACAUGAAGAACUACGUGAACGAGAUCUUCACAAAGACUUACAACAUUGAGCAGAAGAUCGGAAGCAGCGGUGGUGCAGUGGCUUCGGGUGGUGCUGGUGGUGGUCAAGCCGAUGUUGCCACUCAACAACGACUCGACAGGAUAUUGGCUGAAUUGAAUGCCGUUCGAGCUAAUCAAGGAGCGAGUGGUUCGGCUGGUUCGGCUAGUUGUCCCGAUGUUCCCUGUGCAUCAACAUCACUUUUCCUCGGCAUUAUCUUCGUUCAAUCAGCUGUCAUCAUUGGGGUUAUAUUCUUGAGAAGCAAACCUGAGAAGUCAAAAUUCUAC